CAUUGGGAAAUAUGACAGCAGAAGUGAAUGCUCCUUAACAUAAGGGAUUUACUGAAGAAGAAAGACAAAAUGCCUUUCAAAGGGCUUGGUUCAUUGAAAGAAAGAUUUUUUAACCCAGGAAAGGAAGAGGUGAAGAACACCAUUAGUGACUCGCUGGGGAAUCUGAGAAGGAAGAUUGAUGGCACCAACGUGGAGGAGGAGCCCCUUGAGCUGACUACAGAGGGGCGGCCGGUGCCGGCGAGCAGCCGCCGGCCAGCGCUGUGCGAGUGCUACUGCUGCGGCCUGCCCAAGCGCUACAUCAUCGCCAUCAUGAGCGGCCUGGGCUUCUGCAUCUCCUUCGGCAUCAGGUGCAACCUGGGCGUGGCCAUCGUGGAGAUGGUCAACAACAACACUGUCUAUGUCGAUGGAAAGCCAGAGCUGCGGACAGCCCAGUUCAACUGGGAUCCAGAGACUGUAGGACUCAUUCAUGGCUCUUUUUUCUGGGGUUACAUUGUGACACAAAUUCCAGGAGGGUUCAUCUCAAACAAAUUGGCUGCUAACAGGGUAUUUGGGGCAGCUAUCUUUCUAACAUCUACACUGAACAUGAUCAUCCCUUCUGCAGCAAGAGUGCAUUAUGGCUGUGUGAUGUUUGUCAGGAUUCUUCAAGGUUUGGUGGAGGGCGUCACGUACCCAGCCUGCCAUGGGAUGUGGAGUAAGUGGGCCCCGCCGCUGGAGAGAAGCAGGUUGGCUACCACUUCGUUCUGUGGGUCAUAUGCAGGUGCGGUGGUGGCCAUGCCCCUGGCAGGUGUGCUGGUACAGUAUAUAGGAUGGUCAUCAGUCUUUUAUAUUUACGGAAUGUUUGGGAUUGUUUGGUACGUGUUUUGGCUGCUUCACGCCUAUGAGAGCCCUGCUGCCCAUCCAACAAUAACCAGUGAAGAAAGGACAUAUAUAGAAACAAGUAUAGGAGAAGGAGCCAACCUAGCUAAUUCAAGUAAAUUUAGUACUCCCUGGAAGAGAUUUUUCACUUCAAUGCCAGUUUAUGCAAUCAUUGUGGCAAAUUUCUGCAGAAGCUGGACCUUCUAUUUGCUCCUUAUAAGUCAGCCUGCUUACUUUGAAGAAGUCUUUGGAUUUGCAAUAAGCAAGGUUGGCCUUUUGUCAGCAGUUCCUCACAUGGUCAUGACAAUCAUUGUGCCCAUCGGAGGGCAGCUAGCUGACUUCUUACGGAGCAGGAAGAUCUUAACCACUACCACUGUAAGGAAGGUCAUGAACUGUGGAGGCUUUGGAAUGGAAGCAACCUUGCUUUUGGUGGUUGGUUAUUCUCACACAAAAGGUGUGGCUAUUUCCUUUCUGGUGUUAGCAGUAGGCUUCAGUGGCUUUGCAAUUUCAGGGUUCAAUGUGAAUCACUUGGACAUAGCCCCUCGUUAUGCCAGCAUUCUGAUGGGGAUCUCCAACGGCGUGGGGACGCUGUCAGGAAUGGUGUGCCCACUCAUUGUUGGUGCAAUGACAAAACAUAAGACCCGUGAAGAGUGGCAGAACGUCUUUCUGAUUGCAGCCCUGGUGCAUUACAGUGGUGUGAUAUUCUAUGCUAUCUUUGCUUCUGGGGAGAAGCAGGAAUGGGCUGACCCCGAAAACCUCAGUGAAGAGAAAUGUGGCAUAAUUGAUCAGGAUGAACUGGCUGAAGAAACAGAGAUGAACAAUGAAACUUUUGUAAGUCCAAAGAAAACGUAUGGUGCUACCAGUCAAAACAGUGAAGUACAGAGAAGGGAAUGGAGGAAGAAAAAGCAAGUAACUCAAGACAUCGAGGAACAGACUUCUUACCAUUAUGAAAAUGGAAAUUUUCAAGAUUUGUCUUAAUACUUGAAACUGUAAGAUUUGUAUAGCUACUCCCAUGACUCCUACCAUCUGCCCCAAAUCAACAAGUAUCCAUACUU